UGCUUCGUGGCCAACAUGCAGCCAGCUGAUGCUCAUCGUUCGUGAUUCGUGACUACAGCCAUUGGCUUGGCUCCCUGCACUCACGUCGCUCCACUUGACUGCACACUCAACUCCAGACUCGUCUCUGAUCUCGACUCAUCCCUCCUGCUUUCCCCUCCUUUCUCUUUCCCCUCCAACAAAAGUUCGCAAAGUUCACGCAAGCAUGGCAUCGAAUCCACUUCGCAUCUUUCUGAUCGGCGGGCACGGUCGAGUAGCUCUGUCUUUCACCCGACAAGCCGUCUCGUCCGGUCACGCCAUCAUCUCCCAGAUUCGCAAUCCCGAUCACGCAUCGGACAUUACCAACUUCAAAGGCUCAGGCACCGUGCAACCUCUGCUGGAGAGCGUCGAGGAUUUGGAUGUGAACAGACUGAAAGGCUUGUUUGAGCAACACAAGCCCAACGUGAUCCUUUGGACCGCUGGCGCUGGCGGCAAAGGCGGAGAGGAAAGGACGAGAGCAGUCGAUAGAGAUGCGGCUAUUCGCGUCUUUGACGCCAUCGAGGCAUCGGGCAUCAGCAAGUCGAGCGAUUUCAUUCGCUUUGUGCUGCUCAGUGCCAUCGAUGUUCGCAACAUCGAGACGACCAAGCCGGACUGGUACACUCCCGAAGACUUUGAAAAGAGCGCAGGGAUGAGGAAAGCGUUGCCAGCAUACAUGCAAGCCAAGUACGAGGCGGAUCAGAACCUGUCUCAGCGCAAAGCCUUUCCGUGGACCGUCCUGCGUCCUUCUACGCUUCUCAACGACGCUGGCACUGGUCAAGUGGCAUUGGCAGAGAGGGGUCGAAUCGGAAUCUCGGUGCCAAGAGACGACGUGGCUGCUACUCUCCUCGCCAUCUCUGAGCUGCCUGUGCGACAGGCAGAUUCGCAAAUGUGGGACUUGACCGCUGGAAAAAAGGACGUAAAGAGCGCCGUGGAGAAUGCGGCGCAGCAGGCAAGAUCCGACUGGGUCGGGUGAAAUUUGUCAGCACUCUUUGUGCCUCGGCGCGCCACCUUGUAACAAAUGCAAUCGAUUGGACUUUUUGAGUGCGCCCCUCGCUCCCCUGCCAGCCAGCUGAAGAAUCCCACACGCUUCCUAGCCCUCCCACAACCCGGCAACCCAUUUACGCGGGUCAAGUGUUCAUUUCAUGUGAAUGUUCAGUAGUCGGCCUUUGGGACCGCUUCUGCAGGUGCUCCUUCCGCCUCACUCAGAAUCGCAG